AUGGAUGAAAUUCUUGAGCUUUACACGUACUAUCGUGCAUGCUACCCUUCUUUGUUUUUGAAGGAUCUGCAAGACAUGAUCCUGCACAUACUCCAUAGGCUGAGCACUUUACACAGGGGACAGUGUGUAACAGAUCAGGGUGUGGACACAGCCAUAGCGAUCGCGGCUGACCUGCGUUGCGCUCUCGACUCGCUCAGGAUGAGAAAGUACAAAAGUAACUAA